UAUCGAGAUUUUGGUUGUAUAUAAUAUAAUUACCCUUUGUUAAGAUUUGAGAAUAGGCAAUCAUUUAUUCCUGCAAUCUAACGUUCAAUUUAUUUUUAUUCGUUAAUUCGUCGAGUUGUACUGUAGAUACAUAAUUGAAAACUAGCCGAGAGGGUGGCGGCGCCGCGGCGGAGAUCGCCGGUGACACCUCCAAUUGAAUUGGUUGAAGUGAACGUCUGCUAGAUAAUGGCGCAGCGAGAAAUUCCCCCACUGUCGUAUCAGGACUUGGCUUGUUACACCGAUAACUUUUCCGAGAGCAAUUACCUCUGCCAUUUCCAAUUCGGCAAACUUUAUCGGGGAAAGAUUGGCGAACGCUAUGUGAUGGUGAAGAUAUGGGAAGUUUCGGAAAAAUAUUAUUAUAAGCCGGGAGAUUACGAAUUUAGACUAAUGGACGAAGUCUGUUUACUUGGCCAUCGUAAGAUGAUUAAUCAUCCAGGCAUGUUAAAGUUGUUAGGGUACUGUUACGAAGAUGAUCUUCUUGGUAUAGUUUACGAUUUCAAGCCGUUCGACACAGUAUAUAACCUCAUUCUCGAAGGAGUCUAUCCUCCAUAUCAUUUUGGAGUGCGAUGGGAUGAGAGAAGUUUGGAAAAGGUGGUUUCAAAACCUGUACCAGCAACUCCACGGGCGGACCUAGGGAGUAUUGGGAGCGGAGGCCCCCCCAAGGCAUACCUUGGGUCCGCCCCUGAGCAACUCGAUGAGGAAAAUUUUAGUUUGGCGGUGAUUGUGAUUUGGAAAAGUUGGGAUAACAGGAAUAAGAGGCGGCAUGGUGAGAGUGGCAUUAAGGCUAAUGAGCUUGUGGGUUGGUGCAAAGUUUUUUUGGAAAAUUUCAAACAAGCUCAUUUUCGUCCAAUCCCCUUAAGAAACCCCACCCUUCCAUCGUUGUGGAAGCCACCGGAAGACGGUUUUAUUAAAUUAAAUGUUGAUGCUGCAUUUCCGCCGGGGGAAGAUUUCUACUCAACAUCGUUGGUCGCUCGAAAUAGUAGAGGAGAAUGCUUGUGA